UUCUUCUCAUCCUCCCUUCCUCUCCCCCCUCCCUCUCUCACCCUCACUCUCUCUCACAUCGGCCAGCCCCGCCAGUAGUGCACAAGACGCGCGCAAGGGAGGUCGCUCUGCCAUCGAUUUCUCGGCCAAAUCCCCCUUCGCUUCGUGUGUGUCCCAGGCUUAUUCUUCCCGCUGUGUUGUGGAUGAGGACGCUGGGCAAUUUACGUGAAAUGUGACCAAGAGACGACAUUCGGGUUUCUGUUGACCUUUUUUUGAAAACGAGGUCAACGGGGAUCGACGUGUGCGAUUGUGAGUGGCCGCGGCGUGAUGGGGCGAAGAUGAGAGCUGAGUCAGGAGCAAGGAGGCACUGAGCAUGCGGUGGUGGCUGUGCGUCCUGCGGAGAAGUGCGCAUCGGUUGGUGGUGAUGGCGCUGGGCCUGGGGUUGGUUGUUGCUUGCCUGAGUUUGCUCUCGGCUCUCGGAGGCGAACCGGAGGAGGGAGACGGGGAAGGGGGGCUGAAAGACGACCCCCCUUGGCCCCCGAACCCUCUCGUGCACGACCCGCUUGCCUUCGAGGACUUCAAGGGCGAGGGGGAUGGCGAGGCGUUCGCGACGGAGGCGGAGGAGCUGGAGGAAUCUGCGCGGAGUUCUCAGGAAUACCACGACCUCCUGGUGAGCAGUUCCUCGCCGAAUAGCCUCCUCGAGCGCCUCCUGCCCGGCGACCCUCCGCUCAGGACGCUCUGGACGCUCAACAUGUCGCGCCCGGCCGUCCCCAGCCUUUUCUGCCUCGUUACCAGAACGCAGCCAAAAUACCAGCUCUGCCCCCACACGGCCGAGUCCGACCGCUACAUCUCGGCCCAGCUCCUGGCGGACGGCACUUGGGAGCCGCACAUCCUGUCCCUCUUCCGUUCAGCGCUCAAAUAUUACCCUUCUUGCACAGUGAUAGACUUAGGUGCUCACGUAGGCGUAUAUACCCUUCUGGCGGGCGCUGUGGGUGUGCCGGCCAUUGCUGUGGAACCCGUGUGGGCGUCUGCACUGAGGAUCCAUGCGGGGGCGCGGGCGGGCAGAGUGGAAGACAAAAUCACCAUUCUGUUGCACGCCGCCGCCCACGCUCGCGUCAGAGCGAAGCUAAGAUAUCGACGUGGGAACUUGGGCGGAACAUCCGUACAAGAAAUAGGUUUUGCGGAAUAUGAGAAGAUCAAGAAGAGGAGACCGAGGGAUGCCGUCACAACGGUCACCCUCAACGACCUCGCGCCCUUUGUUAACACGUCGGUGGUCGUUAUCAAGGUUGAUAUCGAGGGGUGGGAGUGCCAGGCCAUCCUCGGCGGCACGGGCUUCCUCGGGUCCCACUUCGCCCCCUACGUCUUCAUGGAGUGGGCUGUCGUGUCCAACAACCGCCAUAAGUACCACGCCCCCUGUCGCCCCGCCCACUUGCAGAGGAUGGUCCAGUGGUUCGCCUCGAGGGGAUAUCACGCCCACAUCUCCAAAUCGGGCGUGGAGCUGAAUCCCGCCCGCCUAGAGACGUGGCGAGCGGGAGACAUCUACUGGAGGCAUCGCACGGCGCCCAGGCUGCAGCACGUGUAGGGGAGAUUCGGGUCCUUCCUGAUUUAGACCUUUUUCCUCUUUCGUUCAUGCUUUAUUUUUCAUUGCUUUUCACUCAUUUUUCAUUGUUUGGAUUAAUGCAACAGUGUUAUCAGUGUCUGAUUUAUAUUAUUCUGCUUUUCUAUUACGCUUAACGAGAUGCGUUCAUUGCUUGCAGUCUUUUCCCUUCUUUAACCUCUUAAAUAUAACUUACUAACAUUCUUAAUAAUCAGUAAUUCAAGUCUAGUCCGUUGGUUUAACAGGCAUUAUCUCCGGCUAUGUAAACAAAAAGGCCUUGGUGUAUACUAGGCCUACCUGUUCUAUUAUUAGGUGCGUUUCAGCAUUAUUUUAAAUGAGUGAUUUAUGUAAAAAAAGCGAAGGAAAUUCACGAACAGUGUAAAGAGGAAGAACUGUAAUAAAUGACAUUGUGACAUGCUAUAGAUAACGUAAGUUUAUAGAGAAUGAAAUGAAAAUUGAAGUACCAGUUAAAUCGGAAAUGUAGAACUGAUAUUUUUUAAUAAUCAAAACGAUGGAAUUGUGUAUAUAUGAGAAAAUUACUUGAUAUACUUACAGUGAAGUGUAUAAUGAUUAUGAUCAUAAAGUAAUGUAAAAUGGUAAUAAUAGUAUUAAUUAGUAUAAUAAUAAUGGUAAAUGAUGAAUAUUUGUUUAAUACAUCAUCAACCCUACUAUCUCAUUGUUCUUACCAUUAUUAUUAUUACUGCUACUACUACUCUGCUCAGUACUCGGUUAUUUCAUUGUAGAUAUCUUUAUAAACGUUUUCUUUCCUCAUAAGAAUAUAACGUUAGUAUAUCAAGAGGAAUUAUGAUUUAGUUUCACAACACAAAAUACAUAACGAAACUUUCCCUAUUACCUACAACUAUAUGAAUACAGAUAAAUAUUUAUAUUUUGAAUAUAAUGGAACUGUAUUCCGAGAACAGUAAAAUAUGAAAUGAUAGUCUAGUCAUAAGUAUAAAUAGAAUCUGCACAUACAGUGUGUAAGUGUCCACGUGUAUAAAUGUAUUGUAUAUUUGUUUCGUAACUUAUUCUUAAAUGUAUUUGUUGAUGUAGUUGUUUUAUUUUUUACUUUGUUUUGUUCUUUUGUGCACAAUUUUAUAUAUGAGCUUAUUUUUUCACUGCAAAAUACCAAAGUAAGUUACCACAGCAAUUUACGUAAAGCAAUUUAACUUAUGGGUUUAUACGAGACAUUAAGUGUAUAAUUAUGUCUAAAUGGUCUGUCCUGUAGUGUUCACUCUGAUAAUAUUGUUGUAUAAAAAUGUCUUCCCGUGAUUUGACCUUCCAGCAAAAGCGGCUUACAUUCCAGUAACACGGUAAAAAUAAAUAUGGUCAGUA